AUGGUGUUUCAACUAAGUAACACAGUGCUUCUUUCUCUCUUGUUGGUGUUGAUUAGCACGGCAUUGUUGUUAAUAGUACAGAAAAACACCACCAAUGUAAUCCCUGGUCAUAAAAUAACCAAUAGAGAUCCAACAUUUAUAAUCGCUGGACCUAGCGGUAGCGGGAAAACCAGCUUGUUCAAUGUGCUUACAACCGAUACCGUCAAACCGACCGUAAUGUCACAGACGCCUAAUGUGGCCGAAGACUACAUGCUUCCUUCAACCGUGAAAAGCUUCAAGUUCAAGCUGAUCGAGUUUCCCGGUCACGUCAAAUUGAGAUAUCGAUUGUUCGAUACCCUAAAGGAGUCCACAGCAUUGAAGGGUUUGAUAUUUGUCGUUGAUUCCACGAUCGACCCGCAGAAACUUGCGGAUACCGCAGAGUUUCUUUAUGACAUCUUAGCGCUGACUGAGCGCUUUCCAGAGGGAGUGGAUAUCAUGAUUGCCUGUAACAAGUCCGAAUCGUUUAGCUCUCGUCCACCUUUGAAAAUUCGCGAUGCCCUUGAAAAAGAAAUAGGCAAGGUAAUUGAAAGAAAAGCCAAAUCUCUGAGCGCAGUCAACAAAUCUGGGGAAACCAUAGGGGAAAGCGGCUCUGACGACGCGAGUGCUGCAUCACUCAAUUUCCAAGGAAUUCGCGAUUUCAACUUUGACGCAUUGGACGGUAACGUCGAUGCUAUCGAAGGCAGUGUCCUGAAGAACCAGAUUGAGAAGUGGGAAUGCUGGAUUGAUGAAAGGUCUGUAAAUUGA